GCCGGCUACUAGUGCUGUUUGAGAAUGAAUGAUAUGCUGCUCGUGCUGUAGACACGACUGGAGGAUCUCGGAAAAAAACAAAAACAAAAGCUGUUUUUUUAAAGAAAGGGAGAAGAUCUCAAAAGGUGGAUAAAUUGAGUGAAAGUCAGCUUGAGAAACUAAGAAUUUUUCAACAAUGCAAUUGACCGCCUGCGAGCCCACCACCACAUCUGAGGCUGUGGUGAUGGAGCCUCCUCAGGCAGGAGGCCUCCUGGAGUCCUGCGGCGCAGGAGACAGCGCCGCCUCUCUCGAUGACGUCAUCGUGGACACAGCAAAUGAGUCGUCAGAGGAAGAGUCCACGGGAGAAAAAGAGGAAGAGACCUCCGCUCGCGUUGCAGACGCCAGCAGCUCCGAGGCUCCAGCAGUGGAGCAGAGCUCAAACGCCCAACAGGUGAAAGCUCAGCGCCCAGACUCGCUGUCGGUGCCCUCAGCGGCAGAGCUCCGCCUGUGGACCACACAGUUUGACGGCGAGGUGAAACUCAGGAUCGGUGACUCAGGCGUGGCGGCCGAGACCCCUAUGACCGUGGACCAGGCAUUCACCAGAGCCGUGAAACUUUUUGGUGACUACACAGCUUUGGGUUGGAAAGAGGGCGAGCAGCUAAAAACCCUCAGCUACAAAGAAUACUACCAGGCCUGCCGCACCGCUGCCAAGAGCUUCCUAAAGCUUGGUUUGCAGAGAUAUCAUGGCGUCGGGAUCCUUGGUUUCAACUCUGCUGAGUGGUUCAUCGCUGACAUCGGAGCCAUUUUGGCAGGAGGGUUCGCCGUGGGCAUCUACACCACCAACUCUCCUGAGGCGUGCCAGUACGUAGCAGAAAACUCCGAAACCAACAUCAUUGUGGUGGAAAAUCACAAACAGCUGCAGAAAAUCCUACAGAUUGAAGACAAGCUGCCUCACCUGAAAGCCAUUGUCCAAUAUAAAGAUGCACUAAAAGAGAAAAGACCAAACUUGUAUACGUGGGAAGAGUUCAUGGCACUUGGACGUGACGAGCCCGACGCACCGCUCGAUGCAAUCAUCUCCCAGCAGAAGCCCAAUCAAUGCUGCACGCUCAUCUACACCUCAGGGACCACCGGCCAGCCCAAGGGAGUCAUGCUGAGCCACGACAAUAUCACUUGGACGGCCCUCUCCACCUGCAAACACGUGCAGCUCACCGACGCCACUCAGGCUCAGGAGGUGGUGGUCAGCUACCUGCCGCUGAGCCACGUCGCGGCUCAGAUGGUGGACAUCUGGGUCGUCAUGAGGGUUGGAGGGGCGACCUACUUCGCCCAACCAGAUGCACUGAAGGGUUCGCUGGUGAACACUUUGAAGGAAGUGCGACCCACGGCCUUUAUGGGCGUGCCACGUGUCUGGGAAAAGAUGCAGGAGAAGAUGAAAUCUGUCGGGGCAAAGUCGUCAACUGUGAGGAGGAAAGUGGCGGCUUGGGCGAAAGACGUGGGUCUGCAGACCAACUUGACCAGAAUGAACCAAAAUACGGCAGACGGCCACGCUCCGUUCAGCUACCACGUUGCCAAAAAGCUUGUGUUCAAAAAGGUGCGCAAGGCUCUGGGCCUGGACCGCUGCAGGAAGUGCUACACCGGCGCCGCUCCCAUCACCAAAGACACGCUGGAGUUCUUCCUCAGCCUGGAUAUUCCUCUGUACGAACUGUACGGCAUGAGCGAGAGCACCGGACCUCACACCAUCUCCCAACCCGAGGCCUUCAAACUCACCAGCUGUGGUAAAGAGAUCCCAGGGUGCAAAACAAAGCUGUACAACCCAGAUGAGGAGGGAAAUGGUGAAAUCUGCUUCUGGGGUCGCCACAUCUUCAUGGGGUACCUUAAUAUGCCCGACAAGAUGGAGGACGCUUUGGACGAAGAGGGCUGGCUGCACUCGGGUGACCUGGGCAAACAUGACGAGAAGGGCUUCCUCUUCAUCACUGGGAGAAUUAAAGAGCUGAUCAUCACUGCAGGAGGGGAGAACGUCCCUCCCGUCCCCACCGAGGACGCAGUGAAGGAGGCUGUGCCACUGAUAAGCAAUGCCAUGCUAAUCGGAGACAAGAGAAAGUUUCUGUCAAUGCUGAUUACCAUAAAGUGCCAAGUGAACGCAGAGACAGGAAGCCCCGAGGAUGAGCUGACACCAGAAGCCGUGGAGUUCUGCAAGAGCCUGGGCAGCAACGCCACGCGCRUCUCCGACAUCGCGGGCGGCAAAGACCGCCUGGUCCACGCCGCCGUCCAGGAGGGGAUCAACCGGGUCAACGAGCACGCGACUUCUAACGCCCAGCGCAUUCAGAAGUGGCUCAUUCUGGACCGGGACUUCUCAAUCGGCGGAGGAGAACUGGGUCCAACCAUGAAGCUGAAGCGACCUGUGGUGCUGAAGAUGUACAAAGAGCAGAUCGACAACUUUUACAAAGAACUGCCGACUCCAACGUCCCCCGAAACCCCGCUGCCUCCUAAAUAGAUGCUGCUGUGACCUUCAGACAAGCCUGUGUUGCACUCGCAGACUCACUCUGCCUCAUCGGUCCGUCUCCUGAUGUCCUUAUGCUUCUGUAUAAAUAUCUUUGCCUUAAAUUAUGUUCCUGCUGUCACGGUUCAGAUUUGUGAUUGUUGUACAGGUAAGAGCAGUGAGGAAGCCACUGUAAAUCAGCUUUAUAACUUCGAAUUUAGGUCGAAUUCAGUUAUUUAUUUGUAUCUUUGGGAGAAACUGUAAGAUGAAGAAUCAGCAGCAAGCUAAAUGUAACACUGUAAUACUUGAGCUAAACAUUCAGAAUCCAAAAUACCCCAAAAAAGAUGUUUUUAACUGAUAUUUUUAGUUUUUUUUUGUAACCAAAGUGUGUUUUAACCAAAAAAAAAAAAAAAUCAAAUGAAGGUUUAUGGAAACACUUGACGUAAAAGGGUUUACAUGCAUUUUUUUUUGUUUCUACGAUCAACACCGAUUUAAAUGAUUUUUUUAUUGUUUGUGUUCAAAAUGUCAAAAGGUUUGAUUUUAAAAGCGACCAUGUAACCCACAGCAUGAAGCCAUACAUGACGGUUUUUGUAUUUGUGCCAUCUUAUUUGAAAUGCUAAAAUUUGUAAAUAUGUUUGUCUUUAUACGUUCUGUUGAGAGCUUAAAGAUCCUUAAUUUAUUUCACUUGGGUGAACGCAGUGAAAUAUACAUGUCGACUUUUUUAGGUUGUUUUAUUGGGACAAACCUCUAAAAGAUGUUACUGCACUCCAAAACAGCUGAUCUUCAUAAAUAAUGUAUAUAAUACUGUUGGUAUGGGAAGCAUUGCAACAGUGGCAAAUGAAAGGAUAAAUUUGUACUUAUUGUUCACCUAAGAUUAAAAGAAAAUACAAAAACUGUUUAUACAGCUAAGUAAAGGAAAUGACAGUGAUUCAGAACAUCUGGACGAGCGUCCUUCUGUAGCAACAUCCAGCAGAUGUGACGAAUUAAAGCAUUUAAUGUGAAACUGAGAGGAUCUAUUUCUAAAUUAAGCUGUGACUCAGCGGUUAACUUGGAGCACCUUUAACAUAAAAACUGUGGUGUUGAAAUGUUUGUAUCAAACAGUUUGAGAGCUCAAAAAAACCAGAAAAACUGGAUUCACUUGAACCUUAAAAGCUGUAAACAGUCUGACAUGCAGCAGGGAAACAGGCCUGUUGGUGCUGACAGAAAUGUGAAUAUUUGUGCGAUCAGUUCUCAAAUAAAAGAACAUUACAAUCAAGUA